UUCUCAGCUAAAUCAAAAGAUAUUAUAUCCUCUUCAUUUUUAUCCCUGUCACUAUGUGAGUGGCACCUGAAGACCAUGGACUAUCUCGGAAAACGUGAACGCAAAGUCCAUCCCCAAGAGAAAGCCAACAUUUUAUCAAACUUAUCAUUUUUCUACACUUUAAAGCUAUUCAGAAAGGGUUACAAAAAUGAUCUGGAAGAAGACGACUUGUACGAAGUUUUGAAAAGUUACAGAUCGAAAGAACUGGGCGACCAGUUGGAGGCAGAAUGGGAAAAACAGAAAAAGCAAGGCAAAAACAAUUCAAUAGUCCGCUUGUUGUGGGCUUGCUACGGGUGGCAAUACUUCCUCCUUGGUCUAGUGCAGCUCAUUGUCAAAACAACGAUGAUCGUAGUCCAACCGCAAGCUUUGAGCAAAAUUAUUUCGUACUUCAACCCGAACCAAACUGAAAUGACCAAAAAGGACGCGUAUUUCUAUGCGAUGCUUUUGAUCGCAAUCAAUUUAAUCAAUUGCAUCUACGUCCACAACUAUCAGCUAGCUGUAACAGGACUGGGGAUCAAAGUUCGUACAGCUUUCUGCUCGUUUAUUUACAGAAAAGCUCUAAAGUUGAGUCCUACAAGACUCAGCGACAUAUCAAUCGGACGCAUUGUGACGCUAAUGACCAAAGAUGUGCACUCUUUCGAAAGCUUCAUUCACUUCGCUAACGACUUAUGGAUCGGAAUUGUCAAGUCCGGGGUUAUUUUUUACAUAAUUUACCGGAAAAUUGGGGUUUCUGCCUUUGCAGGUGUCUUGUGUUUUGUCAUUUUGUUCCCAAUGCAAGCUUUUUUGGGUUCUAAAUCAGCGAAGCUGCGAAUGAAAAUGUGUAAGAAAACAGACGAUAGGUUACAACUGACUCAGGAAACUUUAUCGGCGAUCAAAAUCAUCAAAAUGUAUACUUGGGAGAAGUUUUUUGACAAGAAAAUUUCAGAUGCCAGAAAGAAAGAGAUUAAAACAAUGCACACCAACUUCUACCUGAAGUUUAUUGUGCUACAGAUCGGUAAUUUGAGUGGCAAAAUGACCUUCUACCUCCUCAUCAUGACCUACACUUGGCUCGAUAACCACGUAACCGCUGAAAUCGUUUAUUUUGUCGAAAGUUGCCUCCAAAUCGUCACUCACACCAUCAGCAUUCUUUUCCCCAUCGGAAUCACACAAACAGCCGAACUGUCCGCUUCUAUUAAACGAAUCGGCAAUGUGUUAAAAGCAUUAGAAGUGCAAACGGAACAACACGAAGAUCAUUUAACAAUCAAACCAAAAAUCACUCUUAAGGACGUCAGUGUUAACUUCAAGGACAAGGAAAUCCUCCACUCCAUAAACCUGACGCUUGACAUGGGAGUCACUCUCAUCACUGGUCCUGUGGGAAGCGGCAAAAGCUUCCUCUUGAAGACGAUCCUCCAGGACUACGAACCUUCAAGCGGAGGCUUAGUUUCCAAAGGACGAAUUUCCUACGCUUCGCAGGAACCGUGGCUGUUCCCGUCCUCAAUCAAGCAAAAUAUCUUAUUCGGGCAAAAGUACGACGAAAAACGCUACAACGAAGUCCUGAAGGUGUGUGCGCUCGUGUACGACUUUGACCUGCUAUCAGCCGGUGAUAACACAAUUGUUGAAGACCGCGGAAUCAAUUUGAGCAAAGGACAACAAGCUCGGAUCAACCUAGCUCGGGCUGUGUACAAAGAGAGCGAGAUUUACCUCCUGGACGAUUGCCUGUCGGCGUUGGACGCCCACGUCAGUGAUUUUAUUUUCAAAGAGUGCAUUUUGAAAUUCUUGAGAAACAAACUGGUGGUCUUCGUCAGCCACAACGCCAGUCAUGUGAAGGACGUUGACAAUGUUGUUAUCAUGCACGAUGGCUCGGUCUCGUCCUGCGUCAAGUCGUCCGAAAUUUCCGAAACCCAAAUUUUGGAGGAGAUAAUCAACGAUAAGGAAAAAACUGAGGAUUUAAUCGAUGAGGACGAGGACGAAGCGAACGAAAAAACCAAACUAGUGACCGAAACCACCAAAGAGCGGAAGGUUUACCAGGAAAUUAAAAAGAAAGGCGAGGUGGACCUCUCCGUUUACACCAAAUACAUCAAAUUUGGUGGCGGGUUUUUCAUCUUCACGCUACUGCUAGUCGCGUUUGGCGUUUCGCAAUUUGUUCACAGCUAUGCGGACAAAUUGGUUAGCCAAUGGGUUAAUCUCGAGAGGAAAAUCUCCAACUUCACUUUUAGUAAUAGUACGAAUCUGACGGAACAACAGAAGGGGACCAUAAUAAGCCAUCGCGAUUUCACCCAACACCUGUUCAGCGCAAUGACGGCUCUAACUGUAGCUUUCGAACUUGGCCGAAUUUUGGCACUUUUUGCCGUUGCAAGGAGAGCCUCCAUCAAGCUGCACAAAUAUAUGACUGACCAUAUUAUCAAAGCCACGAUGCAUUUCUUUGACACCAAUUUUAUCGGCAAUAUUUUGAACCGGUUCUCGAAGGAUUUGUCGACGAUUGACGAGCAUUUGCCGUUUGUGAUUUUCCAAGUCUUUAGAGCAUUUCUCGUAAUAGUCGGCGUUUUGAUCCUGAUAUACACAGUCAUUAAAUCAUUUCUAAUCCCGACACUGAUGUUCUUCUGCCUUUUGGCAGUAAUUAGGCGAUAUUAUCUGCCAACAGGACGAAGUCUUAAGCGUCUGGAUGCUGCUACUCGAAGUCCAGUCGUGGGUCACUUGAACGCAACCCUUGAAGGUCUGACAACAAUCCGGGCUUUCAAAGCCGAACAAAUCCUGCGAGAUGAAUACGACAGGCACCAGGACCUUUACACUUCAGCCACGUACAAUUUCCAGUGCAGCAUGCGGGCUUUUGCCUACUGUUUGGACACUUUCAACACACUUUUUAUCGCAUCGGUGGUUUUAAGAUUUGUUAUUUUCGAUGACGUCAAAGAGGCCGGAGACGUAGGUCUUGCCAUCACUCAGGCGUUCCGAAUGACGGGAACUUUGCAGUGGGGGAUCCGGCAGUGGGCCGAAAUUGAAAAUUCGAUGACUUCAGUCGAACGCGUCCUUGAAUACACCGAAGUCAAGCAGGAGAACAAUCAAGGACAGACGCUGGACUGUUGGCCCACGAAAGGCGAAGUCAGAUACGAAAACGUCUACUUGUCGUACACCAACUCCGAGGAGUAUGUCCUGAAAGACAUUAAUUUUACCGCGAACCCGAGGGAAAAAAUCGGGAUCGUCGGCAGAACAGGCGCUGGGAAGUCGUCAAUCAUCUCGACUUUGUUCCGGUUGUACGAAGUCAAAGGAACAAUCACGAUUGACGGAGUUGACAUCAAAACCUUGUCUUUGGAUUACUUGCGGAGGAAUAUUUCCAUCAUCCCGCAAGACCCAGUUCUUUUCAGUGGGAGAAUCCGCGAUAAUAUUGAUCCUGAAGGACUUUACACAGAUGAUCAAAUUUGGAAAGCUAUCGAAACGGCCAAUUUGAAGCCGCUUGUUCCGAGUUUAGAUUACGAAAUUACGGAAAAUGGUUCCAACUUUAGCGUUGGCCAGAGACAGUUGAUUUGCUUGGCGAGAGCUGUCAUCCGUAAUAACAGAAUUAUCGUCCUGGAUGAAGCUACAGCCAAUAUGGACAGAGAGACCGAUGCUUUGAUUCACCAAACAAUUCAUGAGAACUUUGCGUCUUGUACUGUUUUCACAAUAGCGCACAAAUUACACACGAUUAUAAACUCGGACAAGGUGAUUGUUAUGGAUAAAGGACAGAUUAUCGAGUGCGAUGAUCCCAAUAGUUUGUUGCAAAAUACAGAAGGUGUGUUUUAUAAUAUGGUCAAAAAAUCGGGGCUGCUACCGACAGCCGAAGCAUAAAGUGAUUUGUAUUUAUUUAAGGGUGUUUAUUUAUGUUAAUUUGUGGUUCCUAAAAAUAUGUGUUGUUUUCUUAAAUUAAGAAAAAGCAAUAAUAAUAAUAAUAAUAAAAAAUACAGAAAAAAAAA